CUAUAUGACCCUCCUUUCCUGUCCAGUUUUGGCUUCCAUCACUUACUAUCAUUGAUCGAAGUUCAUGCUAUUAUGGGAGGGUUUUGCUCCAAUUAUCCAAAGUGGCAUGUCAGGUAGGAGGGUUGCAGGUCCUUUCUUUGCAGAUGUGAAAAUCAGAGUGUCAAAAUACUCCGAGAGCUGAGCUGAUGAUGUUGGACUUGUUCCCUGGAUGAGGAUAUAAUUCCACAUUGCCAUCCUCUGAGGCUGCCUUACUUGAAAUAACAUCACUCUGCAAUCAUAGGGUUUGGGUUGUUUUGUUUUUGGGGUUGUUGAAUGUUGAGUCGACACUUACAAGUCAAGUCCACUUACGCAAUAGAUCUGCUCUAGCUUACUGUAGCCAACAUAGAUUUGGGCCUGAUAGGAUUGCCUAGUAUUUGGCCCCAGAGAUGAGUCCCUACCAAUGUUGCCCACAUUGGACUUGGUUCUGAACUUGGUUUGCAAAUGAGGAAUGUGAUGAUGACACAUAUGUGAUUAAAAUAGGUUGUAGGUCUUUGGGGAAGGGACUGCGCCUGCCCCAUUCUUCCUAUCUGUGUAAGAGAUCCCCCAAUGUUUGCAUGGUUAAAGGGAGUCCAUUUUGCUCUUUCUCCAUUCAGCCAUCUCAGUUUUUUUAAUCAUAAAUGCAUGUUCCAAAUGCAUGGGGAAUGCAUCUGGGGAAAAGCAGAACAAGUGCUGGGAGGACGAGAAAAGCGGAUGAAUGAAUUCAUCUCAAAAGUAUUCCCUCCUUUUGGGCAGAGGGUUGCCUCUAAAAGGCAGCUUCCACCAGCCUCUCCUUUGCCAGUUCCCUGCUUUGGUGGCCUCUGCGUUCAUUUUAAAGCCAGAUUAGCCUGGCGUAGAUUUUGAAAGUAAACAUGGGCCUUAUCUCGGUGUAGCAGAAAUCCUGCUCUUUACAUUUAAAGGCUGGCUUCUUUCGUUUUUCCCUCGUCUUCUUCAUGCCUCCAAAAGAAGAUUGCAUGAAGUGCCUGGAGAAAUGAGAAACGUUGGCCUUUCAUUCUGGAUUAAGAUGGGGAAAAGACUUGAAACACUCCUCUUGGGUGGUUUGGGCAUUUAGCCUCCUGAUAACAGACUAACCGGGUAGAUUUUCGCUCCCCUUCCCUACCCAGGUCACGUCUUCUCACCUGCUGACACCAUCAGAAGUUUAGAUGCAAAAAAAAGAUCCUCUUUUGUCCCAUUUGUCUUUUAUCUCAUUGACUCAUUUGUCCCUGAUCUACUGGAAAUGGACCUAUCUCGGGUACGAUGUGAAUAUGCGUUGCUUGGCGGCUCGGAUCAACUACAAGACCCUGAUCGUCAUCUGCGUCCUCUUUGCCUUGGUGACGGUGCUGUUGUGGAACCGGUGCUCCAGCAGCCAAGCGGGGCCCUUCCUGCGCGGCCCCAUCAGCAGCUUCCGGGCCGAGGGGCCAGAAAAGUGGGCGGCCGCCUCGGAGAGCAACCACGGCGAUGCCCCUGCCCCGGCCAAGCAGCAGAGCGAGGAGGCUUCUCCCCAGGAGCAGCAGAAGGCCCCGCCGGUGGUGGGGGGCUUCCACGGGAACAAGUUCCUGGGGCUCAAGUACGAAGAGAUUGACUGCCUGAUCAAUGAUGAACACACCAUCAAGGGCCGGCGGGAGGGUGGCGAGGUCUUCCUGCCCUUCUCCUGGGUGGAGAAGUACUUUGAGGUCUACGGGAAGAUUGCCCAGUACGACGGCUACGACCGCUUCGAGUUCUCCCACAGCUACUCCAAGGUCUACACACAAAGAUCCCCCUACCACCCAGACGGGGUCUUCAUGUCCUUCGAGGGGUACAACGUGGAGGUCCGCGACCGGGUGAAGUGCAUUAGCGGCAUCGAAGGUGUGCCGCUGUCUACCCAGUGGGGACCCCAAGGCUAUUUCUACCCCAUCCAGAUUGCCCAGUAUGGACUCAGCCAUUACAGCAAGAACCUGACCGAGAAGCCUCCGAAUAUCGUGAUGUACGAGACGGCUGAGGAGCGGGACCAAAGCAGCCGGCCGGGGGACUGGACCGUCCCGAAGGGCUGCUCCGUCACAACACUGUCUGACAAAUCCAGAUUCACAAACGUCAAACAGUUUGUCGUCCCAGAAAGCUCUGAGGGAGCAUCACUACAGCUGGGGAAUGCAAAAGAUUUCAUUAUUUCUUUUGAUCUCAAGUUCGUAACGAACGGGAGCAUUUCGGUGGUUCUGGAGACGACCGAGAAGAACCAGCUCUUUACCGUGCACUACGUCUCCAACACGCAACUGAUCUCUUUUAAGGACAGGGAUAUUUCCUAUGGCAUCGGGCCCAGGACUAGCUGGAGCACAGUCACGCGAGACCUGGUGACGGACUUAAGGAAGGGGGUCGGUCUCUCCAACACGAAAGCGGUCAAGCAGACCAAAAUCAUGCCCAAGAAGGUGGUGAGGUUGGUGGUGAAGGGCAAGGGCUUCAUCGACAACAUCACUAUUUCCACCACGGCUCAUAUGGCCGCUUUCUUCGCUGCCAGCGAUUGGCUGGUGAGGAACCAGGAUGAGAAGGGCGGCUGGCCCAUCAUGGUGACCCGGAAGCUGGGAGAAGGCUUUAAAUCCUUGGACCCAGGCUGGUACUCAGCCAUGGCCCAAGGACAGGCCAUUUCCACCUUGGUCAGGGCUUACCUGUUGACGAAAGAACACACCUUCCUCGGUGCAGCCUUGCGGGCGACCGCACCUUACAAGCUCCCAUCAGAGCAACACGGCGUGAAGGCUGUCUUCAUGAACAGACACGACUGGUACGAGGAAUACCCGACGUCGCCCAGCUCCUUUGUGCUGAACGGGUUCAUGUAUUCCCUGAUCGGCUUGUACGACUUGAAGGAGACGGCCGGCGAGAAGCUGGGCCGGGAAGCCAAGCUCCUCUACGACCGGGGCAUGGAGUCCCUGAAAGCCAUGCUCCCGCUGUACGACACAGGUUCAGGGACCAUCUACGACCUCAGGCACUUCAUGCUGGGGACAGCGCCCAACCUGGCCCGCUGGGACUACCACACCACCCACAUCAACCAGCUCCAGCUCCUCAGCACCAUCGACGAGAGUCCCAUCUUCAAGGAGUUUGUCAAGAGGUGGAAGAGCUACCUGCGAGGCGGCCGGGCCAAGCACAACUGAGCCAAGCAGAGCUGGUCAACCAAAAAGGGUGGUGGUUUUUCUCCCUCGGUGGUGGUGCUUGGGAGCGGACACAGCUGUUUUGUAAAGGUGGUGGUGGUGUCUGAAAACUCUGUGCGUGCGUGCGCGUGUGUGUGUACUUGUGUGCUUUUUAUAAAAGAGACUUGUUUUCAAAAAAAGAAAAAAGUGAUCCUUAAAACCCAUCCUUUUAAACAAUUGCAUUCCAGUGGUUGAAUACUUUAGAGCAAGGUGGGCAUAGGGCAGGCCGUAUGUGGCCCCGGGCACCACUUCUCUGCCCUCACCAGUCCCCCAAACCUGUCCAGUCCCCUCCCGUUCAAAGGAAAAAUCACAAUUUUCAGGCAGUUUUUUUACCUAAAUCCGUGAGCAUAGCAGAACUCUUUACUCUUCCAAAACAUCUCUAUUUUUCUCUACUGUCUCUCACCAAAUGGUGGGAGAAAGUGACUUGAUGUCACUGUGUUGCCAUUUUGAGAGGGGCUGCAGAGGAAAGAGGGGUAUUUGGGGCUCGGUGUGUGUGGAAAAAGGCACCUUGGUCCCCCAUGCCAUUGCCCUGCCCUUCUAUAUAGCAUUGGAGGCGCCAUUUCUAAGCAGGCGUCCAACAAGAAGGACCGAAUCAAGGCUUAGUUCACUUACAGUGGUCCAUCAUGAUUUGUGUGCAUUAUACAAUAUGUUUGUACUUCAGACAACCUUUAAUUUUAUGGGGUUUUUUAAGGCCAAAAAAAAAAUUACAGAAAUCAUAAUUGUUUUUGUUUCCCAGUGAAUUUGGGGGGAAAUGCUAGAAUAUACCUCUUUUAAAAAAAGAAAGAAAAGAAAAAUAUAAUUCCUAUUCCUUUGAUCCAAGAUUUUUACAACUGUGUGUUACCACGACAGAAGCCUAUCGACUUGUAACCCAGAGUGUGAAGGUUGUCUGUUUUUCUAAAUAUAUAUUUUCCCCUUUUGUGGGGAAGUUCAGAGCUGUUUGGUUAAAGAUUCUGUAUAUUGAGACAUUAUUUCAGAGAUUUGUUUUCUUUAGAGAUGUACCGUUUUCUAAAGAUACGCUUUUGGGGUUGAUGUUCCACCAGGAAUCUCUGCGAAGGCUCCGCGAGGAUAGCGAGGAGGACUACGCAGAGACGCAGACACACACCUGUGUUGUUGUGUGGCUUCUGUUUUUCCUUGCCAAAGUGUGGCUUGUGCCGGAAGCGCCUGGUGGAUCACAUCUGCAGCCCAUUGGGAUAUUUUCGUUCUGUAAGCACAACCGGAAGCAGGACUGCACAAAAAUGGGGCCAUCUUGUCUGAAGCUGGUUCUGCCGUCUCACGUUUUUAAGUUCUGCUAACACCUUUUCCCCCAUCCUAUUCUUCCCCUUGAUAUUUCUCAUUGAAAGAGUUCUCUUUUUCCGUUCCUCGCAGGAUUUGGAAUGGCUACUUUCCAUCCUUGGUACUUGCAGAAACUAAGUGCAAAUUAUUGGAGGGAAAAUGGUCACCUUCAUUUGCACUUUUUCUUCUCUAGACUGUGAAUCUACAAAUGAUUGUUGUUUAGUUUGCUUUUGCAGUGUCUUUCAUUUUGGCAAGAUGGAUCAAGUAUGCAGAGCUGAUUGUCCUAAGGCAGAGAUUCCCAAACGUUGGUUCUCCAGAGGGUCUUAUCUUCUCUCUACCCAGAGCCACAGCAUGGGCUUCUUUGUACGUUCCCAAUCCCAUAGCGCCCUGAAAUGGCUCUUCAGCAUUCCUACCCCACUAAAGAUUGACAGGUCACGAAGGACUAGUAGCAGUCCCUUAAGGGUUUCCGUUCAGGUAUACGACCAUUGCACAAGAACCUUAUAUCGGUACAGUUCCUCUCCUCUGGUCGAGUGGCUUUGCUCAAUCUGUGACAACACUCUUUGGCUGCUCUGCUAUGAACCCAAAUAUUUCAGUGGGUCUUCUGCUAUGUUACAAAUCCUUGGAGACUCAGGAGGAGAGUUGCCUUGGAGAGGGACCCCAGUGCCCCCAGCAUCAACCCUUUGCAAAUUUCUUGUACUCUUCUCUCCAUUUCUUCUGCUAUAAAAAUAUAUAUCUUUUGUUUUGCAAGUGUCUUCCUGGCUCCUUGCUGCUGAGAAGCUGAUGGCUUGAGAAGCCCAGUCUGUACAAAAACAUCUUGAUAAUGAUUUGGUCAGGAAAGGAGCGCCUGAAAGGCUUUCUAUUCCUAUAGACACAAUUGCCACUGAGAGGUAUUUUUGGAAAUUGCCUGACUCCUCCCAAGUGAGCCAGGUCCAUAGAGACGUUGUCGGCCUUUUUAAUAUACUCUGUGAGCUUUGCAUCUCACACUUCAGAUGCCUUCUAGCAAAAUUGGGCAACUCUUGCUGGGGAUUUUCUUUUCUCCCCUUUUCCUUCUCACAUUGUAGUACAUACAGGAUACCAAAAGUCCAUCAGUAGUCUGGAAGGAUGUUAGAAACUCCUGAGCGCCUGAGCUUUUCAGGGUGUUAGAAUUAUAUCACACACAUUUGUUUUUCAGAGUGUGAUGCCAUCUCUUGGGAGGCUUCCAAAUCUUUCCCAGUUAUUUAUCCUUCUCUUUGGUUAAAUGUGCAUUUGUUUCCCCCGCCCCAUGUCAUGUUUCUACGCAAGUCUGGGAAAACACUAAAUUGCUUCUCGGCACUAGAAAUAUAAAACCAAACGUUGGUGCUAACACAAGAGCACAACAGUUUUAGAUGAGGGUGGGAAACUGUGUAUGAGCCAUGGGUCGACCUCACCCCAAAGGCACCGAAAUAUCUUCCUUUUCCUCUGCUUCACCUUCAAAAUGGUGGUAGGAAGUAGCAUCCCAUUACUUCAUGUCACCAUAAGGAAGGAAAUGAAUGUAUUCAGCAGGAAGUUAGAGAGAGGAUGCAUUUGUCUGCAUGCGUUUCAGAGGGUUUGGGUUGAGAUUUUUACCCCCAAAUCAUAGCAGUUUUUUAAAAAAUGAAUGGAUUCAGGUACCCCAAAAGUGGAGGCAGUGGCCCUGUGCAGCCUAUGGGCUACGACUUCCACACUCCCGGUUUACAAUAAUCAUGGUGCUAGCAAUUUGGAAAAGCAUUCUGGGCACUAUUCACUGCACCCAAAGGAGCCCACCUGCUUUCUUGCUUUGUUCUUCUUUUCCAGAGAUCUGGGUAUGAAUCUAAGCAAGAAAGGACCGGUGCCCUUACAGAAUAAUGUAAAGAUGCACUUCUUGGAGGUGCUGUAUGUCAGGGAUUGGCGUUGCUCUCCAAAUGUUGUUGAAGUGCAAUGCCCCAAAUCCCUGAUAGUUGAAUUCAUUGGGAGUAGUGAUCCUAACUGCAUUUGGAGGGCUGUGUGUUGUCUGUUUUUGCUGUGUAUGAUUUGUGAAAUUUUGCAGAUUGAGGUUUGAGGGUCAGAUAUGUAUGCAGCCUGCAGAGAGGAAGUUAGUGGUGUGGAGUGAAUUCAGAUAAUUGUCGGAUGGAUUCACAUCUUGGGAGAGCCAGGCCUUGGGAGUUAGCCAUCUCUGACGCUGUUGAGGUCCCUUCUUUGGGUGCUGUGAAAACAGUCUGGAAUGGCCCACAGAUUGGGGUAGAUCUGAGCCUUGGAUGCAUGAUGCCAAAGUGUAUUGUGCAGAAUGAGUUGUUUUGCACAUCAUGGCCAUCCAGAUUCUGUGCAAACAUCCCUGGGAAGCAAAUACUGCUUUAGUGAUCUGUUAGUGCCUUAACCAUGCGGCCAUAACUUUCUCUUGCAGCUGGGAAAGAUUUAAAUAAUGACUUUGAUGGUUCUGGGGUUGUUGCCCCCUGUCUACCCCAGGUGUGCAAAGGUUUGUUGGUUAGCCUGAGAGCAACAGUUGGGACAAAGAAGACUUAAAGGUAUUUGAAUUGUGCCGUCAGCCACUGUAGCAUCUCUUGGUUUGCUUGCAUGGGACUGGGCUCACAUCGUCACCCAUCGUCCAGCAUUGUAGCCCAUUGUAGCUCCAGGUUGGAAGCAGCAAUCGGAUGGAGGGUGGAGAAAGCUAUUUCUCAGGCUAGUGUCUUUGAGGAUCAUCUUGGGAGAAAUGGGAAUUUCAGUUGUGUCGUGUUUUGGUACGGAGUCUAUGGCAUGGCGUGACAUCCCUGAUGGUUUUGAGCAUCUUUUUACAACUCCUUCCAUCUUUCCAAAUCUUUGCCGUGGACUCGCCUUCCCAUGCAGGGUGCCCCUUUCCCUGCCUUUUUCGGAGCGCUAUAUCCGCACCAAUAUGGCACUAGGUUCACGAAGAGUUGGAAAGAUGUCAAAGAUGGUUUGAGAAAACCAUGGCUUAGCGUUACUGCAGGUGAAGAUUUGACUUCGUACUGUGUUUUGGAUCCCAAAAGAGGGGAGUGGAAGCAGAAUUCAUGCAAUGGGGAAGGGGAAGGUUUGGGUUCCUGCCUUUGGGCAUGGGCUGUCUCCAUGCUGAACUUUUUCCUAUUUGUGUAGGGAAGUGGACGAGGGGCAAAAAGCAAAAAAGCAAAAUUAAAGUUUAUUAUUGUGGGUUGUGUGUGUGUGUGCGUGUCAUGGGGAGUAUUUUGGGUGCCAGAAGCGAUACAAAAGCAUGAAGUCUGGUACGCUGGGAUUUGGAGAGCUAGGCCUUGAGAUCCCUUGUUGGCUCAGCCUUUUUUUCUUUUGCGCCAUGGUGCCAAAAUGUUUUCUCACAAGAAACAAGGUGCAUGUUGGGAGAUGCAGUCCAGUAACAGACAAGCACAACCUUUGGCGCGCAGCUAUUUCCCUCGCCGUCCUUACGAGGCUCACCGAAUGCUGCUGCUUUUCAUCCACCAAUUACGUCUUUAUUUUAUCUUUGAACAUUAUUGUUGUCAUUAUCCCUCUUGUUGUUAUUAUUUACUUGCUCUCUCUUUUUCGCUUGUACAUGUGGGACUGACACCAUGUGUUAAAUAUGCAAUAAAUUGUUUACAGGACGCGCUUCGAAAGGCGCAGAGUCCUUUGUAAAGCUGUACAGACUUUGUGGUUUAAGCACAAUGUGCACAGGUUAGUUUUCUAUAAGGCAAAACAAGGUUUUUUGCAGCGGGAAAAGCCCUAUUAUGUUUAUAUAUAUAUACAUACGAAUAUAAAUAUAUAUAUAAAUAUUAAAAGAAAAGCAAAUGAACAAAACUUUGUGCUUCAUGUAAAGCUGCUUUAUAAAAUUGUAAAAUAAAAGAGUUUUUAAUCUUA